AUGGAGAAAGGGGAGGCUCGGAAAGUUCACGGGGACCAUGACGGUGAACGGGGGAAAGUUACGGUGACGACAAAAGAACACCGUUUGGAGCGAGUCCGUCGAUUCCAACGGCCAGACGACUACAGACCAGCGGAGUAUCUACGUGUGUUGCAGUUACGCGAGAGACAUCCAGCGACACAAGGGUUGUGGGAUCAGCUGACAGAGGCUGAGAUUGAUUGCAUUGUAGUGACUGGGCUGGUGGCUGGCUGGCCGGGUGAAGGUUUCUCGGUGGCUGGGCGGUGUCUCCCUGGUAGCGUGGCAGCGGUGGCCGGAGGGAGGCCAGGUGGCGGUCGGGGAGCUGGGGGCCGCAGGGAGGCGAAGGGCGGGGGCUGUGGCAGCCAGGGAGCGGGGGGCCGUAGGCGGCGGCCGUGGGGCCAGGAGGCAGAAGCUGGGGAGAGAGGGGCUGCAGGCGGUGGCUAUGGGGCCAGCGGGGGCCGGGAGGUGGUAGCCGGGGAGCGGGGGGCCGUAGGCGGUGGCGACGAUAGCAAGGUUGCUGGAGGUGGGCAGCGCGGGGUCGCCAGAGAACGCAGGGCCAUUGGGGGCCGAAGGGGCUGUCGACAAGGGCCCCAGAGGCCAGACUGA